AUGUCAAGUAUUAAAGCUGUUGUCUUUGAUUUUGGAGGGGUAAUUAUGAGUUACAAGCUUGUCACCCAAAUGAUCGAAAGUAUCGCGCAGCAGAUUGGAAUCCCAAUUGAUGCCUUUUUGGAGAAAAGAUCGGAGCUUUGGAACAGAUUUGAAAAAUGUUUCGCAUUAAUGCGGGGAGAGAUAACAGCUGAAGAAUUUGAGGAAACAGUAUGGUUAGAAGCUAUAAAAGAAGUUUAUGGAGUGACGGUGAAGGAUCCGAUACGAUGGUUGACGGUGAAACAAAAGGAAGAGGCGAAAUUGAAUGAGUGUAUGCUAUCGCUAAUUCUGGAUCUCCGAGCCAAGGGAUUGAAGACGGCGUUGCUCUCAAAUUGUUUCUUUAUGGAACGGACGAAGGUGUCUCCGAUUCUUCCAAUUGAUUACGGCACUUAUUUUGAUGUCGUGAUCGAGAGUUGUCAGGACGUCCUCUGCUAUUUAGCGACAAUGUUUGAUAUUCGUCUACCAACCUGGGGUGUACACGAAUGGUAUUAUUAUAUACAAUGGGGUGUAAUCCCCUUGGUACUACAAUUUGUGAGCUGCUACACAUCCGUCGUGCAAUUUCUAUCGGCACCUGUAAUCGCGGCGAAUCGAGCUCAUGCCUUGGCUUCACCACAUUCCUAUGAUAGGGAUUAUUUUAUGCACAUUGGCCCUCUCUAUUGGCUUUGCGGCGCCUGCAUCUUGCUCGCCCUCCUUCUCAACCUCUUCACAUCAUUCAUGCUCUACCGAUUCUCCCGUCAAAACCAAAAGCUAGAACGCGUGGAACUGCGUUUCCACGUGGCAACCAUGAUUCAAUUUGUGUGCCAAGUAUUAAAUGGCGCCGAAAUAAUAAUCACGGGCUGUGUCGAGCUGGAGGGCGAUUGGUGGAUGCUAUUCGAAUUCUCGCCAAUUUUCAGCGAUUUGAAUAGCUUUGUGCCGUUUUGG